AUGGAGCGGUGCAAGGUGCUGUACAAGUCGGGCGGCCAGCGCCAGCAGUGCAUCGUCCUUCUCGAGGAGACCCUCUCUUCGCUGCCGUCAUGUGCCGAGCCUCCUGUUCUGGCGGAGCUGCAUCACUGCCUGGGCGUUAUGAUUGCGGAGGAGUCGUCUGAUGCUUCUUGUUCUUCCCCUCCAAGCAGCAGGCGGGAUUCACAAGACGCGGCUGAAGCUGCGGGUGCAUUGCUUCAUCUCGAGAAGGCCGUCGAGCUGCACCGCUCAUGCGUCAAGUACUGGUGCAGCCUGGCGACGCUUCUCCAGCGGGCGGGGGAUCACAAGCGCGCUCUCGAGGCAAUCAGAGCGGCAACCGAGGUGGAUGGCCACUGCAUCAAGGCAUGGGAAAGGCGUGGCAGUCUCUCACGGGGUCUCCGGCUUCACUCGGAGGCGCUGAUGUGCUACGAGCGUCUCAUGGCCGAAUGUCCAGAGGAUCCGUCUUGGCCCUUCUUCGCUGCUAAGGUGCUCUUGCGCGACGACAAGAGGUCUGCCAAAGCCGUGGCCUACCUCAGGAGGGCUGUCGAGCUGGACCCCACCAAUGAGUGCGCGAGGUAUUGGCUGGCGUUCUCUUCUGGCGAGGCGGAUGGGGUCGACAAGGCGCCGUCAUCGUACGUGCAGAAGCUGUUUGACGGCUACGCGCAUUCAUUCGAGUCACACCUGGUGGGCAAGCUGCACUAUCAGACACCUCAGCUCGUGUGCCAAGUGCUGCGUGAGAAUGGCCCCCUGCUAUCGCCACCUGAGCCUCUGGACGCACUCGAUCUUGGCUGUGGCACUGGGCUUGCUUGUCGGGCACUGAGGAGCGGUGACAUGAUGGAGCGCCUGGGCGCAUCGCCCCUGACUCUUGUGGGUGUGGACCUGUCGGAGAAGAUGCUGCGUGAGGCGGAUGCUAGAGGGGGCUACGAUGCGCUGAUACAAGGCGACAUUCUUGAGGUGAGAAGAUUAGGGGCAUUCGACGACCUGUGCAGAACACACCUACUGUUUCCGUCUCUGCCGCUCUGCAGGUGCUCAAAAGGUGGCCAGACGUCGACAUCUGUCUCCCCGCUGCGGCUGUGCGGCCCCCUCUGCCCCCGUCCUUCCACCUCAUCGUGGCCUGCGAUGUGUUUGUGUAUAUCGGCCACCUUGGGAGCGUCUUCGAGUGCAUCUCUCCUCUGCUGCGCGAGGGGGGGCUGCUCAUCUUCUCGACUGAGAGCGGCGACGCGACUUCAGGUGACCGUGGAUUCAGCCUGACUUCGACGGGCCGCUACUGCCACGGUCGGAGAUAUGUCGAAAGGGCGGUUGAGGCAGCUGGCGGGAUGUCAGUGGUCUCCGUGAGGCACGAGAUGCUUCGGAAGCAGGCCGGUGAACGCGUGAUGGGCGAUGUGUUCACUGUGAGGAGGAAGGCCACAUCCUUGGCGUGAAGGGGCUUUUGGUUCGCGUUUUCCUUUGUGCGGACGAUGGAUGAGACUGCUUCUCGAUGGAUGAGACAUAUAUGUGCUUCACGGUUUCACC